CUCGGGAGGAGACGCGUGGAGGCUUCGGAGAUGUCUGGUCGCGGCAAGACCGGCGGGAAAGCACGAGCGAAGGCGAAGUCCCGCUCUUCCAGAGCAGGCCUGCAAUUUCCUGUGGGCCGCGUUCACAGGCUGCUGCGGAAGGGGAACUACGCAGAGCGGAUUGGCGGCGGGGCCCCGGUGUACUUGGCUGCGGUGCUGGAGUAUCUCAGCGCGGAGAUCUUGGAGCUCGCCGGCAACGCCGCCAGAGAUAACAAGAAGAGUCGCAUUAUUCCUCGGCACUUGCAGCUGGCGGUGCGCAACGAUGAGGAGCUCAACAAGUUGCUGGGGGGCGUUACCAUCGCGCAGGGUGGCGUGUUGCCCAACAUCCACGCUGUCCUGCUGCCGAAGAAGACGGAGACGCUGCACGCGGGCGCCAGCACCAAGCCGACCACCAGCAUGAGCAAGUCCGCCAAAGUGCCCAAGGUUGCGGUCAAGCCCACGGCCGCUCCCGUUGCCGUUCAGUGAGGAGAGCGAGCAGCCGCCCCGCCCCGGGGGACAAUACUGAGACCCAAAGGCUCUUUUCAGAGCCACCGACGCCGCCCUAGAGGAGCUGUUGCGCUGCCUUGGCUCGGACCACGUUCGCUUGGCAAGAGCUGAGGAAGCAAAGUCUUGGUAUUGGUUCACUGCAAUAGCUCUGCUUGGGUAUGUGCACAUUUCCCCUUGCGACAAAAAGCUGUGCGUGCGUGCAUUCGUGCUCAUCAAGGAGUUCCACCCUUGGCUGUCACUAAGUAUGAAGCUCUUGAUGCACGGAAAAGUAACACUUGCUACACGCUUGGCAUGCCAUAGGGCCUUCCUCAACACAGGACAGGAGAAUGGCUUUACUGGCAUGUUAGGUAUUUUAACUCACUCAGUACAUUGUGCACCUGGCUAAGUGUAAGCACAGCAUGCUUUUGAGGGGGGAUGCGCAUGCUGGAUCAAAGCAAAGGCCUCCUGGUAUGGUGUCCUGUUCACGGGCUGCAUAGGCAUCCUAGCCCUGAUGCUAGAGGCAGCACAUGGCCAUCCAGGACCAGCAGUGGUCGCUGGCCUUCUCGGAACUUUUCCAUAUAGGGCGUGUUUCCAGUGCUGCUGCAUCUCCAAAGACACUACAAGCACAUAGGUGCACAAUGAGCUUAAAGCAUAACUGCCAUGGUGAGAGAGAGGCGGCUCCCUGGAUGUUACGCUGAAACGCCCUCAGCUCCAGCUGGCAUAGCCAGUGGUCCAAAUGAGGUGCACGGCCUCGCAGCAGGAGGCCCACAUGGCUCCAGCACUAGGUCCGUCGUUCCCCCAAGCUGUAGAAGGGAGACUUGCAUUGCUGAGGGUAAAACUGAGGCAAGGAUGCUCCCUUUCACCUCCCACAAUUCCAGGGGUCAUGUGUCCUUUACACUUGCAUGCAGUGACGUUUCCCCCCCUAACCCUGUUGUUGAGGUCAUAAGCAAAGAUGAGAGCUUUGAGAAAGUAUUUCAAUGCUUUAUUAUUUUCAAAUUAAAUAAUUAACGGAUACAAUCUAGUGAUUAAGAAAAUGUUCCGCCUUCUUUGCCUGCAAUACCAUCAGAAAAAAAAUUC